AACAGGUUUGUGUUGACCCACUGGCGGGCUUUGGCAUCCUGUCAAACUGCUGUCACCUCCGGACAUAAAAAUGGUCUCGACGUAGUGCUGGGGCAGUCUGCUGGACUCGGCAUGGAAACAGCAGCCAUCAUGUGGGUGCAAACCAAGCACUACCCCAAGAACUGCCUGCUGACUGUCAUGGACCGGUACUCGGCCGUGGUGCGUAACAUGGAGCAGGUGGUGAUGAUCCCCAGCCUCCUGCGGGACAUGCAGUUUAAUGUGCACGGGCACCGGGCCCAGGAUGGGGCCCCUGAUCUCUACAACUACUUCACCAUGCUCAAGGCCAUCCGUAUGGAUGUGGACCACGGGCUGCUGCCCCGAGAGGAGUGGAGGUCCAAGGUGGCAGAUGGCAGGGCCAGUGAGGCUGAGAAUGAAGCUGCAAAGACAGAGAAGGAUGAGGAGGAGAGGAUCUUGGGGCAGCGGGACCUGGAAGCCCAGUUCCACCUGCACUUUUCCAGCCUUCAUCACAUCCUCACACACCUUACCCUGAAAGCUGAGGAGGUGACGAGGACAUACCAGGAGAUAAUGGAACAGGCCAUGUAGGCCUCGGACUCUAGGGAAGAUCCCUUUAAGUGGCAGAGGGCAGACUCUGAUGAGGACACGGAACAGUUCACUGGCUCUGACGCAGACAAGAAAGGCCUGGACCUGCCGCUGGAAGCAAACAAAGGCGACUUGGCUCUCUGGGAUGCUUCUCUCGCUCUGAGCACCAGCUUGUGGACUUGGCACCAGGUCACCUUUAGGAUGCCUGCUGUUAUUCACAGCUCCCCUCACCCUCUUGGCAGCUUGGGGUGGUGGCCAGUGCUUCAUGAGGGGCUAGGUAUUACCUGGCCAGUGUGGUAUGCCAGAAAGGACGUAGGUUUUAGCACCUGACCCAACUGAAAUUCACAUCCUUUCUCUGGGCAGUCAUUUACCAUGUGAUCUUGGACAUUAUUCAACUCACUGGAGCCUAAAUUUCCUCAUCUAUAAAAUGGGAUAGUAUUACCUCACAAGAUUGUUAUGGAAAUUAAAGAUGAUGAAUCAAAAGCA